GCAACGACAAAUUCGGAUGAAGUGGAGUCCCGAAUGUUGUCAAAAGUCAAUCCCAGACUUGAUCUAACGCGUUGUCCUGUUGACAUUGUCUCUUCUGCCUCCUCCUCAGGCGGCGCCAGCUCCUGUCUGCGUUCCGCACUUCUCAGCUCCGCCAUUGGCCGGGCCGCCAGCGGAGGAGGCGGGGCGUCUUCCGCCGCCGCUGCUGGCGGCGGCGCGACCGGCGGCAGCCUCCUGGACAUCGACCCCGUCAUCCUCAUCCAGCUGCUGGAUCUGAAGGAGCACAACAACACCGAGUCCCUGUGGGGCCUUCAGCCUCGUCAUGCGGCAUCCCUCCUACACGGCCAAGCCAGUUUACCCUCCAGGAAAGAACGGGAGCACCGUCCGCAGGUGGUGCGCCGCUCCCCCCCAGACUCUGCGGUUCUCGUCCGCCUCAAGGCGCAGAUGGCCGAGGUGCGCAGCAAGAUGUCCGACGUCAAGAGCCAGGUGCUGGAGGCCCGCGCGGCCAGCGACAUGAGACCGGGCCCGUCGGGAAUCUUCGGG